AUGGCUACUGCUACUUUAAGUGCAGCUGAUACUGAGAAGAUCUCCAAGCUUCAAUCUUCUGUUUCCGGUCUCAAUCAAAUCAGUGAAAAUGAGAAGACUGGAUUCCUCAACCUCGUUACUCGCUAUCUCAGUGGUGAAGCUCAACAUGUUGAAUGGAGUAAGAUCCAGACACCGACUGAUGAGGUGGUCGUGCCUUACGAUACCUUAGCACCUGUACCUGAAGAUCCUGCAGUGACUAAAAAGCUGUUGGACAAACUCGUGGUGUUAAAACUUAAUGGAGGCUUAGGGACAACAAUGGGAUGCACUGGUCCAAAGUCUGUCAUUGAAGUUCGUAAUGGUUUGACAUUUCUGGACUUAAUUGUGAUCCAAAUUGAGACUCUUAACAAGAAGUAUGGAUGCAGCGUUCCCCUGCUUUUAAUGAACUCUUUCAAUACCCAUGAUGAUACAUUGAAGAUUGUAGAAAAAUAUACCAACUCAAACAUUGAGAUCCAUACAUUUAACCAGAGUCAGUACCCUCGUUUAGCAAUCGACAAUUUCACGCCACUUCCAUGCAUAAAAGAUGCUGGAAAAGAUGGAUGGUACCCCCCUGGUCAUGGCGAUGUGUUCCCUUCUUUGGUGAAUAGUGGCAAGCUUGAAGCAUUAUUAUCACAGGGCAAAGAAUAUGUCUUUGUUGCGAAUUCGGAUAACUUGGGUGCUGUUGUUGAUUUGAAAAUUUUAAAUCAUUUGAUCAACAACAAGAAUGAAUACUGCAUGGAGGUUACACCAAAAACUCUGGCUGAUGUGAAAGGUGGUACAUUAAUUUCUUAUGAAGGAAAAGUUCAGCUGCUCGAAAUAGCACAGGUUUCCGAUGAACACGUUAAUGAAUUUAAGUCAAUAGAGAAGUUCAAAAUUUUCAAUACAAACAACUUGUAA